AUGAAUGCACAAGAGCGAAAUGCUAAAUUGCUGGAUGUUUGUGAUGAAAUUGAUAAAACUACUAGUUCGCCAAAUAAUACAACUUUCCAUAGUUUUAAUAACACAGGCAUUACUGAAUCAGUCUUGGAAAACAAUUGCCUUUGCAAUUCUGUAAAAUACUUAGAUCUUCAACGCAUAACGAUUGAUCAAAAUAAUGUAACAAUGGCUUUGAAAAUCUCCGAAUAUGAAAAAGCAUUAUCUGAAAGAGAUUACACCAUUCAAUCAUUGCAUACAGCUAUGAUGAAUUCUCAAAAUAACAACUAUGUUCUAAACAACCAAUGCAAGAAUUUAAUGGAAAAAACGAAGUCAGUAAAUGAUACCUGUAUCCGCCUUAAUACCAGUUUCACAAUUAUUUGUGAACGUUUAAACAGACUCGGGGACACAGUAGAUAAUGCAAAAACCAGACAAAAAGAUGUUAUGACUUUAGUAGAUCAAACUACUAAUACAUUUCAAGAAAAAAUGUUGACUAUUUCAGAUGCUCUUGAUGAGUCAUUAAAGCAAGUGACUAUUGAAAAGAUAAGAACUAAAGAAGAUUUCGAAAUGUUGCAAGAUAAGUAUUCUCUUGAUGUAUCUGCUUUUAAAACAAAUCUACAAGAAUGUACUAAUGAAAUAGAAUAUUUAAAAAAUGAAAAUAAUAUUUUGUUGGAAAAACUGAAUGAUUCAUAUAUACAGUUAAAUGAAGAAAAAGAAAAUUUAUUGAAUCUUAAUCAAUGCUUUGAAACAGAACGAAGAGAGAUGGAAAAUCAAAAUCUACUGCUUACUAAUCAAAAUAAAUCCAUGAAUCAAAAGUAUGAUGAAUUAAGAACUAAAAAUCAAAGUUUGGAAGAUGAGCUUAAUGUACUGAAGACUUCUCUAAAUGAAAACCAAAAACAGAUAGAUAUACAAUCAAAUAUAAUUAAAGAGCAAUCAGAAUUGUGUGAUAAUUUAAAAAUAUUUGAGGAAUUAAAUGAUAAAUUAAAAAAAGAUAAUUUUACAUUAAAAGAACAGAAUGAAUAUCUUGAAAAAAUUAAUACAAAUUUGGUAGAGGAUAUUAGUAGUAUAAAAUUAUCUCAACAAGGAAUUCAAGAAGAGACAGAAAACAAAUUUAAAGAUAUGUGUGAAAAUUAUGACAAUUUAUUGAAAAUGCAAGAUGAUAGAUUAAAAGAUAGAAAUGAAAAGUUAGCGUUACAAAAAGAAAAAGAAAUUAAAAAUCAAGCUGAAGUAAUAGAAUUAAAGGAAGAAAUUCAAACAUCUAAUAAAACAAUUACUGGCUUACGAGAGGAAUUACAAGCUAAUUGUGUUUUGAUACCUGAAUUGCAAAAUAAAAUUAAUGAAUUAAAUAAAAAUUUAGUUAAUGCUUAUCAAACAUUAAGCGACUCUACUAAAGAACUAGUUUCAGAAAAAAAUGAACUGGAAAAAGAAAAAACUUACCUAGAAAAUCAAAGCAAAGAACAUUUUGGUCAAAUUGAAAAACUAACUGCUAAUUAUAUGAAAUAUAAGUCAAAAGCCAAACAGUUAUAUGUAGAAGUUAUGAGACUUAGACAUCAAUGUUCUCGAUCAGAACCAAAAAAAAAAACUCAACAACUUCAACCCGUAGAUACUAUUGAGGUAUUAAGUGAUGAAGAUAAUAAUAUUGAUCAUGAUGUGAGUAUAAUUGAAUUUAAUGACAGAAAUGUAUCAAACAUGAAUGUUAGUAUACGUUCUACUUCAAACAAACCUUUUCAAAAAUCUAAUAUUUCAAGCUUAAAAAGAAAUGGUUCACCUUUAAUACAUAUUGGUAGUUCUAAAGUGAAGAAACGUAUAACAUCUGUUGAUGUUGCUGCCUCACAUAUAACAGAAAUGUCAUCAGAUGUUUUAAAUCAAAAAAAUGAUGUAAGCCAAAUUGAAAAUUCAUUAAACUCAUCAUUUAAAAGUAUUAAUUUAAAACACGAAGACAAAAAUGCUAAUACAAUAGAGAAAACAAAUGAGUACAACCUAAAUGUAAAUGAUGAUGUUGAUUAUAAUUCUUCUGCAAGUCCUCAUCAAAUAAAAAGUAACAUGAGCAUUUUGAGUAAUACAAGUCAAGUUAAAUCAACCUUAAACGCUAGUUUGAUUCCUGCUGCGAAGAAAAAAUUUAAAAUACCUGCUGAUAUUAAGUUAUCUCAAAAAAAAAUUAAACCUACAAAUAUCAAAAAAACUGACUGGACUAAGCCAAAUUCACCUGUUGUUUUUACUGUUCCUUCUCCUAAUCUUCAACCUAAAUUUAUUAAAUAA